AUGGUGGAGAAGACGGCCGUCCCUCCCAGAAACGCUUCAUCCUCCCGCGGAAACAGCGAAAGUCUUUCCUUCCUCUGGACACCCACUCUGUUGGCCAGCGUGCUCAUCACCACUAUACUAGGAGACGUCCUGGGCAACCUGUUGGUCAUCGUGUCAGUCUUCAGAAACAGGAAACUCAGGAAAGCAGGAAAUGCCUUUGUGGUGAGUUUGGCUGUAGCAGAUCUUGUCGUUGCAAUCUACCCUUACCCAAUGGUCUUAACUGCUAUCUUCAACAAUGGCUGGAUCGCAGGAUACAUUCAGUGCCAAAUCAGUGGCUUCCUGAUGGGGAUCAGUGUCAUCGGCUCCAUCUUUAACAUCACAGUCAUUGCCAUCAACCGCUACUGUUACAUCUGCCACAGCCAUAACUAUGACAAGAUUUUCUCCAAAAAGAACACUGUGUGCUAUGUGGUGCUUGUGUGGGUCUUGACCAUCCUGGCCAUCACACCCAACUGGUUCAUGGAGUCUUUGCAGUACGACGCACGCGUCUAUUCAUGCACAUUUGCCCAGUCAGUCAGCUCGCUCUACACCAUCAUGGUGGUAGUGGUGCACUUUAUCCUGCCCAUUAGCAUCGUCACCUUCUGCUAUCUACGCAUCUGGAUCCUUGUGAUCCAGGUACGCAAACGUGCCAAGCCCGACAAUCAGCUCAAGAUCAAACCACAUGUCUUUCGCAACUUUCUCACCAUGUUUGUGGUGUUUGUGCUGUUUGCUGUGUGCUGGGCACCACUGAACUUCAUUGGCCUGGCAGUGGCCAUCCAGCCCACGCUGGGCCAGGCCAUUCCUGUGUGGCUCUUCACAGCCAGCUACUUUAUGGCUUAUUUCAACAGCUGCUUGAACGCCGUUAUCUAUGGUUUACUCAACAACAAUUUUCGAAAGGAGUACAAAAGAAUUGUGGUCCACCUUUUUAAGUUCCAUUGUUAA